AUGACUAUGGUUAAUAUUCAAUGCACGUUCUAUAUACUAUACAUAUUGGUGAUACAUAGCGGCACUACAGCGGAUAAUAUAAGUGCCAAUUAUAGUCUAUCUACAUCACAUUACAAUGAACCAGUUGGUCCAUAUUGCCAGAAACUUCAUAACCAUUUUCGACCAGAUCCACUCAACGUGUUAUUUGACGCUAAGAACCGCAAAGUAGAUGUACUGUGGGGUGCGCGCGCGCCGGUGCGCGUGGCCGCGGCCCUCGUGGUCGCCGUGCUGAGACACGUGCACGGGUACCAGCUGGUGCAACUGCGGCCAGGUCCGCACCGACUCUGUCAUCUCAUCAGCGGGAAUCAGAAGUUAAAGGAUAUCAGUACUGAUCGGACCGCCCUAGAAACAAUGUAUAUUCACAUGGGAGCAGAAUGGUCAGGUGAAAAAGAAGUGUGUGAUUCAACGUGCACUGUUGACGAAAUGUGCAACAUGGCCGGGCCACGGCUAAAACCGUACGGGGCGGCUACUGCAGCCACGGCACGCCUCUACACACGUCUUUCGACCAAUGUCCAUCACCAGCGCAAUUGCAGUCAAUACCAUACUUGGUCGUUUUACAAAGACCAAAUCGCACUUCGAACAUGUGGAUUCGCUUCAAAUGUCACAUGGAGCUGCCCGCAGAACGAGACGUGUAUUCGAGUGAUGGACGUGACGCUGAGUGGUACGUCCGCAGUGGUGGAGGAAUUGGAGACGCGAGCCAAUGCCACAGGCGUGAGGCUACAAGUAGUACCCACCGAUCGCGCCACCCUUCACCGCGUUUUAAAUGACAACACUACAUCUGUCAUCUUUAUAGACUACGAACUAUGGUCUGUGAAUAGCGUUGGUGUGCGGGCACUCCAGCCCCCACCCUGUGUUGCAGACACAGACUGCAACGAUGCCCUCGACAGCACUAUUGCAAUACAACUCAGUGACCUUGAAAACUUUCGACUCUAUGCUCCACUCAUUGACCACACGAUAAGGAAGUUGAAACCCAACGCCAACCAGCUUCGUCAGCUCUUAGAUUUGGAAGGGAAAAUUAACAACAGUGUCGAGGCGUCGUGUGCGUGGCUUCUUAAUAAUAUGGAACAAAUCAAAGAAUGGGCAAUCGUUGCUAAGGACAUACGAAUACCUAUAAUAACGAAGUUAAUAUGCAAGGACGACCCAGACUUUGAAGAAUAUGCUCUUAUUGGAAACUUGGUUAAAAUAGAAAUAGCAACUACGGAGACAAAUAUACCCAACAUAACUUGGUAUCAAGAUUCGAUAAAUUGCAAUGACACGAAUUCUGUCGCCCAUGAGAUAGAAGAAAGAUCACGGCACCCCAGUUACCUCUUUUUGGCAGGCGUGGCAGCUAUGGGCGGCGCGGGCGCCUCAGCGAGCGAGAUCGGAGCGGAAAAUGCGCGUCAUUUUCGAACGCAGCUCGCGCUGUUCGGUGUGCCUUCGGCUGCUACGCGUCUUGCUCCCGCCACCACCGCCGUCACGGGCCGCCAAGACGGCCUCGCUCUCGCUAUACGACGUUUCCUGUCCUUGCAUGGCUGGAAGCGGAUCGCUAUAAUUUCGGAGAAAACUGAACUAGCGAGAGACUUCUCCACUGCCCUGCUCGCCGACAGAGCACUUGUUUACAAGGAAGAGAAAUUGGACGUGGCAGACCCUUCGAAUGUUCGAAGUGCUCUGGAAAAGUUGAUUGUGGUCAAUGCGCGGGUGUUCGUCGUUAACGCAGGAGCGCGUACAGCCGGCUUGAUAGCGUGUGCGGCGCACUCUCUUAAAAUUACGGACGCAAAUUACGCAUGGAUCUUCCGCGAGUGGCACCCGAUCCACUGCGUUGAAGCUGAAAAUAUGCGCGUGUUCAGUUUGUCGUACGCAUGGCGCGGCCGCGCAGGUCUCACCCCGCAGCAGAACGAAACUAAGAUCUUGGGCGAGAAACGAGCUUGGCUUCGCGAGUUCUUAGACGAGGUGUGGAAAGAUCGCGCCUGGCCUCUUUACGCGUCCGCCUUCGCCGACUCCUUGCUAGUGUUGGUGCACACUCUAUCAAUCGCGCUAAAACAUAACCCAUCGUUGCUUUACAACCUACACGACGCGUACGCCCCAAGCAACAUUUCGGAGUGGGCAGCGCGGGCCGACGACCUGUGGGGCGUGGCGCAGCGGCCGCGGCCGGGCGCGGAGCCGCGGCGCGCCAUGGUCUUCGUGGAGGAGUGGCGGCCGCCGGCGCGGACGCGCGCGCGCCUGCUGGCCGCCUGGGCCGUGCCGGCCGGCGCCAACGACCCGCGCGACAUCGAGGACGUCGAACCUCUGGCGCAG